AUGGGGCUGGCGGCGGAGCACGGCGCGUACUCCCGGGAGGGGGGCGGCCCGAGGGGCUGCUGGUACUACCUGCGCUACUUUUUCCUCUUUGUGUCGCUCAUUCAGUUCCUCAUCAUCCUGGGCCUCGUCCUCUUCAUGGUCUACGGCAACGUGCACGUGAGCACGGAAUCCAACCUGCAGGCCACCGAGCGCCGGGCCGAGGGCCUGUACAGCCAGCUCGUGGGGCUCACGGCCUCCCAGGCCAACCUGUCCAAGGAGCUCAACCUCACCUCCCGCACCAAGGACACGGUCAUGCAGCUGCUGGGGAGCGCCCGCCGCGAUCUGGACCGGAUCAACGCCAGCUUCCGCCAGUGCCAGGCUGACCGGGUGAUCUCCAUGAACAACGAGCGGUAUAUGGCAGCCAUCAUCCUGAGUGAGAAGGAAUGUCAAGAGCAGCUGAAGGAAGCUAACAAGAGCUCCGAUGCCUUGCUCCUGGCACUGAACCAGAAGGCCAAGAUGCUGGAGGUGGAACUGGCGAAGGAGAAGCAGGUGUGCGCCAAAGACAAGGAGGGCCUGGCGCUGAACAAGCGGCUGGUGGAGGAGCAGCUGGCCGAGUGUGGCAAGGCCCGGGAGCAGCAGCGGCAGGAGCGACAGCUGGCCGAGGAUCGCCUGCAGAAGGUGCAGACCCUCUGCCUCCCGCUGGACAAGGACAAGUUUGAGACGGAGCUGCGGAACCUCUGGCGGGACUCCAUCAUCCCGCGCACCCUGGACACCAUGGGCUACAACCUGUACCACCCUCUCGGCUCCGAGCUGACCUCCAUCCGGAGGACCUGCGACCACAUGCCCGCCCUCAUGAGCACCAAGGUGGACGAGCUGGCCCGGAGCCUGCGGGCCGGCAUCGAGCGCGUGGCCCGCGAGAGCUCGGACGUCCAGCGCCAGAAGCUGGAGGUCGAGCGGAGCCUGCAGGCCACUCAGGCGGCCAAGGAGAAGGCGGAGAAGGAGGCCCAGGCCCGAGAGGCCAAGCUCCAGGCCGAAUGCGCCCGGCAGACCCAGCUAGCCCUGGAGGAGAAGGCGGCUCUGCGGAAGGAGCGAGACAGCCUGGCAAAGGAGCUGGAGGAGAAGAAGCGGGAGGCAGAGCAGCUCAAGAUGCAGCUGGCCGUCAGCCGCUCCACCUUGGACGCCUGCAUCAAGGCCAAGUCGCAGCCGAUACCUGGACCAAGACCUGUGGGCCCUGCCCCCAACCCCCAGCCCAUCGACCCAGCUGGCCUCGAGGAAUUCAAGAGAAGGAUCCUGGAAUCCCAGAGGCUUCCCGCAGGGGCUGCAGCCCCAUCCAGGUGA